AUGAUUCGUUUUUUUUCGCGUCAAAUAUCUACAAAACCGCAUUUUUACGCGCAGUUUGUAAGAAAUGCUCAGCAUAGACAUAUUUCUACAGGUUGCUCGGUGGGAACAAUUCUAAUCCGUUCACCUAUAUUAACGCGGACGCCGUCCGAAUUUGAAAAAAGUGUAUACAAGUAUAAUGCGGAACUAUGGAAUGAAUUAAGCGCCCCUUUGCCCAAAGAAUUUUACUUCAAAAAGGGAUCCGUUGGUGAAAAAGAUUGGAAAACAAGACAAAAGGACCUGGAAGGAAGAGAGUCUCCCUUUCAAGCCAUUUUUGAAAAUGAGCACAAAUUGAUGGAAGACAACGCACUCUCUGAUCCAAGCACCUAUUUACAACCAAGAAUCACAGAAGCAGAUCAAGCUGGUGAUGUACAUAGCACUCAGCGUUGCUUAGAAAAGUCCCUUUUUCUAUUAAUUAAACCAACAAAAGAUGCAGAAUGGCAAUUUCCCAUUGUUCCAAUUGAGAGUGAUCAAAAGGCUUUGCACCUGCUUUGCCAAGAACAAUUACAAAACAUACUAGACGAACAAUCGUUAGUCUGGUUUGUCGCCAAUCACCCGAUAGGUUUAAUUAAGCAAGACGAGAAGAAGUUGUUUCUUUUAAGAGCCCGGCUGGUGCAGGGUUUACGAGUCCCAAAGGUAGAAAAUGUUUUUGAUUGGGCUUGGUCUAGUUAUGAAGAGCUACCUAACAGACUGUCUCCAACUACAUGGAACUCUGUAAAAGAUAUUUUGCAUGAUCGAUUGUGA